AUAAUGUAUAUAAAGGGGUGGAAAGUUUUCAAAUGUUUAAAAAGAUAGUACAAAGGACAUAAGGACACUAGAAGUUUGAAUUUCAGAAUAUUUGAGCCAGAAGAAUUCUUAUUUAUAGACGUUUGAUGAUGGCCAACAUCUCUUUGCUGGAACGUAGGACACGGUAUUCCCUGUUAUUACUGGUUGUCAGUGGUUUAUCGAUUCUUCCAUUUGCUUCCUGUCAGUACUGUAACACUGUAGUUGGUGAACCUCAGAUUAAUAUCUCGUCAACUCCGCCAUUCAACAAACUGUCGAUGGGCGCAGCCAUUAAUUUGACUUGCACUGCCUGGCAGACUGAUCAACUGGCGAAGCAUCCAUGGACAAGACCACACAGAAUUGAAUGGUUUGAUCCACAAGAUAAACGAAUUGGAUUCCAAUGCCGGGCUGGGUGGCCACCAGCUAGACUCAUGAAGUGCACAUUGGAGGUCGGUGUCUUGACGGACGGAAAGCUUGGCAGCUACACUUGCAGAGCAAGGAAUGGUUACGAUUACUGCAGCACCAAAAAAUUUCAAAUUGGUCCUCAAGACAUCCCAAGGCCAGAAGUUGUUAAGUAAUGAUUCCGUGGAACAGAUUACGAUGAGUCUGUGUCUGGUCAAUACAGCAUCAAUAUAUCUUAAAUAUUUUAUAUGUUUGCUUUCUCUAUUCAUUUGUAUUCUUUCAUUUUGUAUUCAUUUUUUUGUGCCUACGAACUAAAAGUUUAAAGUCUUCAAACAUUUGUUAACCUUUUGUUGUUUUUCAGUACAACAACACAAAGUUAACUUGUUUCCUGAUUUGGAAGGAACACUUAGUCUAUGGGAGAGACCUAUCAAUUGUAUUAGAAAUUAUUGAAAUUAUUGUAAUUAUUGUAAGAGUAAUUUUAUCAUUAUAUAAUUCAGAAAUCGUUGAAUAGCUCAGUUCUUAUCAUUACUGCAGUAUAACUUAAGACAUUAAUAGCGCCAGACGAGCUUAGCUACAUACCAGAAAAUACUGUAUGUUUACUUUUCAGGACUAUUACACAUUAAGUAGAAUUAAUUGUUACACUGAUACAUUUUUAAUGUUUUAGCUGUUUACUUAAUAAUUCGGAUUAAGGAAUAAAAUCUCAAUUAUACUUUA